UCUCUCUCCCUCCAGUGGUGAAACUCUAAAUCUAUGGCGUGUGUGUGCAUGUGUGUGUUCAGCAAGUUGUUGUGUUGUUCAGCGGGUGGGUGACAUGGUUAAGAGCCCCGGUCGCAGGCUGCACAGUCUCAGCCGGCGUUAAUGUUUCCCAGCCGACAGUCAUUACCACGCGAAGGACUUUAUCUCCUCUUUACCCUGCAGUAACUUUUAAAAUCAGUUGUGAACUAUGACGUCAGAGGGGAAACAUGCAGACACCGUGCAGGACCCUCUGUUCAUUGAGGAGAGUGAGGAAGGGUACAGAAACCCCACUGAAGUAAAGAUGAGUCAGAUUGUGCUGCCAUGCCAUGCCAACCACUGUGGAGAGCUGAGUGUCGGGCAGCUGCUGAAAUGGAUGGACUCCACAGCCUGCUUGUCUGCCGAGAGACAUGCAGGUUGUUCCUGUAUCACUGCAUCUGUGGACGACAUCCAUUUUGAACACACCAUAGGGGUGGGAAAGGUUGUAAACAUCAUAGCUAAGGUCAACCGAGCCUUCACGUCCAGUAUGGAGGUGGGUAUAUUGGUCAAUUGUGAGGACCUUUACACUGACAGGCAGUGGAAGGUUUGCCAUGCCUUUGCUACUUUUGUGGCCAGACGAACUGAAGCUGGGAAGGUACAGCUGAAGCAGGUGAUUCCUCGCACACAAAUGGAGCAGAUGGAGUACAGCCUGGCAGCAGAGCGGAGGAGGAUGAGGCUCAUCCAUGCUGAGAUCAUUACAGACCUACUGAGCAGCAGCACAGCUCAACUGAGAGAAUGCCAGGAGUAUCAGGAUGCUGUGCCAGCCGAGCGGACACGAGUGGAGAGCGUGGAACUGGUGCUACCGCCACAUGCCAACCACCAAGUCAGCACCUUUGGGGGUCAGAUCAUGGCCUGGAUGGAGAAUGUGGCUACAAUUGCAGCAAGUCGCUUGUGCAACGCUCACCCAACCCUGAGGAGCAUAGACAUGUUCCAUUUCCGUGGCCCAUCUCAUAUUGGUGACCGACUAGUGCUGAAAGCCAUUGUUAACAAUUCCUUCAAGCACAGCAUGGAGGUGGGAGUGUGUGCUGAGGCCUAUCAGGGUGGAGAACCUCUGCGCCAUAUAAAUAGUGCUUUUAUGACGUUUGAGGUGCUGGACAGUGACAGGAAACCAAGCACGCUGCCACGGAUACGACCUGAGCCUGUGGAUGGAAAAAGACGUUAUCAAGAAGCUAUUGCCAGAAAGAAGAUUCGCCUGGAUAGGAAAUACAUUAUCUCCUGCAAGCAAACUGAAGUGCCCCUGUCUGUUCCCUGGGAUCCAAGUAACCAGAUGUACCUGAGCUACAAUAAUGUAUCAGCACUGAAACUAAUGGAUACCAGAAACAACUGGGUAUUAACUUCUGAGAAAAACAAGGUCAGGCUGUACACACUGGAGGAAAAUCACGUGCUGUGUUUCAAGGUGGAGAUGCACGUCGGUGUACCAGCAGAGCAAACGUUCCACCUACUGUCAGACCUGAGGCGGAGAAAGGAGUGGGACCAGCACUAUGAGGAAUGUGAAAUGAUCAACCAAGCAGAUGAGGAAGACACACUUUAUCGCGUAGCCACACCGUCGGUCAGUAAAAGGGGCAAAGGCAAGGACUUUAUCUUGCUGGCAUCUAGGAGGAAGCCAUGUGAUGCCAGGGACCCAUAUCUGAUUGCUCUGCGUUCUGUCACUUUGCCCACUCACCCUCCCACUGAGGACUACACCAGGGGAGAGGUGCUCUGUGCUGGCUUCACAAUCUGGGAAGAGUCCAGUACUGUCACCAAGAUCACCUAUUACAACCAGGCCACACCGGGUGUCCUCCCCUACAUCUCCACAGACAUCGCUGGCCUCUCCUCCAGCUUUUACAGCGCUUUCUCUGCCUGUAGCGACUUCCUGGAGGCCAACAAAAACAGCCUGGCUGCUCUGCCACUCUCUGCAAUGAGACAUAACAGUGGCGCCAUGGUCUCCCCACAAGAGGAGCAGUGGCAUCAGUAGGAGGGAUUAGGAUCAUCUCUCUGUCUUCAUCCCAUGGCACUUCUGUUGUGGAGGUGCCAUGCUCUUUAAGUAUCCCCCCCGGAGAUUGCAGACGUCUUUGCAAUGGAUUUGUGGUUGGUUUCCCCGCCCCCCCCAAGUCUUUAAACCUCAGUUUGCACUGUGUGACUUUGUUUAUUCUGUAAAUGAGAGAGAGAGAGAGGGGGAGAGAGAAAGGAUAAAGAAAUGCACUGUAUAGGUUUUUGUAAGAAUUUGCUACAUGUUUUCAGCAAGAUUAUUAGGUAUGAAGCAAGAGUCUUUCUCGUCAGUCUUUACAGAAACUAACAUGAGAAUAAAAUUAUUCUAAGCUGGGAUGUUUGAAACAGCUUAUUGUUAGAUAUAGUAUAUUUCCUACCUCCUAAAUAAAGUUUUUAAACUAUUUGAUUAAGACUUAAGCCAAUUGUACAUUUAGUGUGUAAUGUAAAGUUUUUAUUUUGAGACAAUGAUUGUACAGGACAACUCUUGCACUGAUCGUAUAACAUGUUGACACUCGAUGGCCAAGCUGUUUUCUUGAUUAAACUGAAACAAUAAACACAAUAGACCAGUG